GACCUUGGAAGCGGAACGGGGUCCUGCGGCGGGUCCUUCGGGCGGGGAGGGUGACAUUCAGCGGCCGUCCGGGGCGACGGACCUUCCAGCUUGGAACCAUGGCCCAGUUUGUCCGUAACCUGGCGGAGAAGGCCCCGGCGCUGGUGAACGCUGCUGUGACUUACUCAAAGCCUCGAUUGGCUACAUUUUGGCACUAUGCCAAAGUUGAGCUGGUUCCUCCAACCCCUGCUGAGAUCCCUACAGCUAUUCAGAGCUUGAAAAAAAUAGUCAAGAGUGCUCAAACUGGUAGCUUCAAACAGCUCACAGUUAAGGAAGCUCUGCUGAAUGGUUUGGUGGCCACCGAGGUGUGGAUGUGGUUUUAUGUCGGCGAGAUCAUAGGCAAGCGUGGCAUCAUUGGCUAUAAUGUUUGAAGACCAAUCUUUAACAUCUGUUUAUAUGUGGCUUAUUAUUUGAGGGUUCUUGGACCAUGUGUGAUCAGACUGGUACUUGAAUAAAAGAUAAUGUGUCAAAAUCAG